AUGAAAAUUCUGCUUGAGCGCGAGCACGUCUUGGACGAGUCUAUCUGCGCCGUAUUCGAGAAAGCAACGGGAAGUUUGGGUGAAUAUUCGGAUGGGCAUUACUCAAGCGGAGAAAAAGAGUUCAUUGGGAUUAUCAAGCUGCUAUACACAAAGGACUGCAUCCCGGCUGAGAUGAUCGGCAACGCAUUUGUGACCGCAGCCAUGAAGGGGGAGUCUGAGCUCGUGGCGCUAUUGCGUGGUGAUAGCCGUAUUUCUGCCAGAAUGGUGGGCAAAGCCUUCGCUGCCGCUGCCGCACGUAAGAAGAGCGAUUUGAUGAUGUCCUUGUAUGACACGAAUAUCUCUGCCGACGCGAUUCUCGCUGCGUUCUCCAAUGCUGCAUCUCGAGAGCGUAUUCGUAACGUGAAAGAGUUAGUGAAACUACUUUCUGACAAAGACCGGGUACCUCAAGAGUUCCAGCACAAGGCUUUCAUGGUUGCUGCCCAGCUUCGCCAUGAUACAGUUCACCCAUUUUUGUGUGAAAGCGUCGAUGGAAACUGGCCACUGACCACACUGCAGCAAGCGCUCGCUCUUGCCUAG